AAAAUUUAAUGCGCUCAUCCCUGCUCCUGGUAUUUUGCAGUAAUUCUCUAAAAGUUUUUCUACUAAUCGAAAAAUAGAGAAUCCCACUAAUCGAAGGGACUGGUUUUCCUUUAUGGAACUUAGUUUUAAAGAGGGGAAUAAUUUAAUAAUUUUUUCUUUUCCUAACUUUUAUAUUUUUAAUUUAAUUUUUUAAAGAUAUUUUGAUCGUUCUCCCGGCUCUCCACUUCCACAAUUAAGAAAAUUACAAAAAGGAAUAUUUAAUAGUAAUUCCUCUUCUACUAAAUAUUUAUUUUUAAAUAAAUUUUCUCAAAAUUUAAUUGAAAAACAAGAAGAAUUAAGUAAUUUAAUGGCUAAAGGAGUUUCUGGUGUCCAAUUUAUUUCCGAACAUAUUCGAGCAGAAAUGGAUGAUAAAAAAGUUCGUGAUGAAUGGCGUUUUAUUUCGAUGGUUAUUGACCGUUUACUUUCUCUUUUAUUUUUUGGAAUUACUUUAGGAGGGGCUGUAGCUAUUAUAUUAACUGUUCCACACAUUUUUGAACAAGUUGAUCAACAAAAAGUUAUUAAACAAUUAAUUGCCAAAAAUAGAAUUGAAAUUUUUGAUGAUUAA